AUGGCUCUCCUCAAUCCCGUCUACGCUUUCGUCGUGCCCUUCCUUUUCGUCGUCACUGUUCCUCUCGCUGUCUUCGCCGGUAUCACAACGACCAUUGCCUUUUCUGUUCUUAUUCUCCGAGUACUGGCCGUCUAUCUCGACGUAGCUCUAUCUUUCGUCCCUCAUUACCUGGGCGGACGAAAGAUCCGGCCGUACCAUCCUAAUAAUCACUACCUUCGUCAACCAAUUCUCGAAAACCCAGGCUCUUCGGCUCUGUACACCAAUCCGACACCACCUUCGGCCGGGUCAACGGCUUUUGAAUCAUCACUAAAGAGACGUCGCCAUCGAAGAAGCUCCAGUGCCCUAUCUACAGCCGGUACUACUACGCCAAUUAGUGAAAAGGCAUUCGGCUUGCUUCCUAGCAUUGGCCCAGAGAGGGACUUUGAAGGUGUGGGCGGUUGGCGGCUAAGUGGUGAUGACGAGACAUGGACCACCAUCAAUUCAAGACUUGAAUUACCCGAUAAGCAAUACCAUGGACGCAACCAUCACCGUUCCCCAUCUGGCCCGACAACGCCUGGAGAGGGCGGAUAUCUUAUGAUGAAAGGCCGUACUCGAAGCCCGUCAGCAAUACGCACUUCAGCAUCUCCCAACAGUGCCCGCACGAGGACACCAUCUGGUCCUCGCAUCGCUUUUACAAACAAGUCCUUCAUCGACAGUUACUUUCCGAGUCUCAAGACUUCACCCAAAGGACUUAAAAAGUUGCCAUCUCAAGGAGUUGUCGACGCAUAG